AUGAGAGGAUACGUGCACACAGGAGCAGGCGACCCCACCCAAGAUACAGAGGAAGGCUUUGGUAAUAACAACACCGAGUACAAGCUCUUUCCCAUCUCUGCUCCAGGGCUGGUUAGCCUCGUCACCGGGAGCUUUUCACCUCCCAUCUACAUCCUGGCUCCUGUGGUGCUGACAGAGGCCCUGACGCGCGUCGCCUUCUAUUGCACAGGCAAGCACAAACACUAA